UGCUCAGUUUGGUGUGUAUUGCUAGAGGUUUUUUUUUUCCUUGGGAGAGCGCAUGUGAUCAGCACAGGGCCAAUCAGCACUGUCCAGACAGGAGGUCAGGGGUUCUGCAGCCUUCUAGAGCAAAAUGAAAACUCCUCCUACAAGCUUUAACCAGUGCUCUGCUGGACACUGAUAGAAGUCACAAGACUGCUCUAACUGCUGAUGAGAAAAGAUAUUUAGCACUUUAUAUUUACUAAAAUCAUUGCACUUCCAUGUUCUGUGUACUGUGGGAGACCAGAUAUAGUGGAUGCAGGGUUCUGGG